GCAUUUCACCCUAGAGAAAGAAUGUUGGCAGAAAUCUCUACCACAUGGAAACUGCUCUUAAAGCGGUUGGGCCCUGAAAUUUUAUUCAGCAGUUUGAAAUCAAUCCACAGCUUUCCUCAUUCACCCUCCCACUUGGGGCUAAUGCACAGGCAUGAACAUCUAUUGAGGAAAACCACAAAAAACUUCAAAACUGCUACCACGGGAAAAAGAGAGUUUUGUCCCACAGUCAGCAGGCCACUAGUUUAUUAACUUCCAGUCACCUUGAUUUUUGCUAAAAUGAAGACUCUGCAGUCUACACUUCUCCUGUUACUAUUUGUGCCUCUGACAAAGCCAGCACCACCAACUCAGCAGGACCCACGCAUUAUCUAUGACUAUGGAACAGAUAAUUUUGAAGAAAGUAUAUUUAGCCAAGAUUAUGAGGAUAAAUACCUGGAUGGAAAAAAUAUUAAGGAAAAAGAAACUAUGAUAAUACCUGAUAAGAAAAGUCUUCAAUUACAAAAAGAUGAGAGUAUAACACCAUUACCCCCCCAAAAAGAAAAUGAUGAAAUGCCCACGUGCCUGUUGUGUGUUUGUUUAAGUGGCUCUGUAUACUGUGAAGAAGUUGACAUUGAUGCUGUACCACCCUUGCCAAAGGAAUCAGCCUAUCUUUAUGCACGAUUCAACAAAAUUAAAAAGCUGACUGCCAAAGAUUUUGCAGACAUACCUAACUUAAGAAGACUUGAUUUUACGGGAAAUCUGAUAGAAGACAUAGAAGAUGGUACUUUUUCAAAACUUACUCUGUUAGAAGAACUUUCACUUGCUGAAAAUCAACUACUAAAACUUCCAGUUCUUCCUCCCAAGCUCACUUUAUUUAAUGCAAAACAUAACAAAAUCAAGAGCAGAGGAAUCAAAGCAAAUGCAUUCAAAAAAUUGAACAACCUCUCCUUCCUCUACUUGGACCACAAUGCCCUAGAAUCUGUGCCUCUUAAUUUACCAGAAAGUCUUCGUGUAAUUCAUCUUCAGUUUAACAGCAUAACUUCAAUUACAGAUGAUACAUUCUGCAAGGCUAAUGACACCAGUUACAUUCGGGACCGCGUUGAAGAGAUACGCUUGGAGGGCAAUCCAAUCAGCCUGGGAAAGCAUCCUAACAGUUUCAUUUGCUUAAAAAGAUUGCCGAUAGGGUCAUACAUUUAACCUCUAUCAAUACAACAUAUAAACUCAAAUGUAUACACACUUAUAAUCUCUCAACAAUGUCUAAAGGAAUAUAACUAUUGGUUUAAUAUUAACUUUGUAUCUCAUGAAGGAAUUUGAUGUUUUAAGGAUGUUCAAAAAUCUUACAUAUAAUAAGUAAAAAGACUGAAUCUUUGUGUUCAAAGUAAUUGAAAAUACGUAAGCAGCAUUAAAAAAUCCUACUAGUUUAUAUUUGACUACCAUUUAAAAGACAUGUUUUUAUGUAAGUACCCAAAUUUGAGAUGCUUUAUUCCCAUUACUAAUGAUGUAAGAGGAUAAGUCCAAGAAACUUUCAACUGUUUAUUUUUCCUGGCCUUUACUGUAUUCCAAAAGCAUUUAAGGCAGAUGUUCCAAAAACUUUGAAAAGCUAAAUAUUUCCAGUGAUCUCCCAUUUUUCUUUCAUGAUUCAUGCAUUAUUCCUUUUGAAGUAGGAACUUUGUUUUCUUCCUAUCAAGGCAGCUAUUUUAUUAUAUUUUCACUUAGCCUGAGAUAUAGGGUAACAGUCUCAUACCUAAGUAAAAUUUUCCAAAUAAAGUAGACUUUUACUCUCUGAUAAAGAGCUAAUAUAGAAAUGUUCAAAGUUAUUUUGCUUUGUGUUCACACAGCUAAUGUCUUCAGUAAAAUUGUAAAACAUAUUCUUUUACCUAAAUAUUAACAUUCUAAGUCUACCAUAAAACAUCCUUAAAAAAUCAAGCAGGCCCAAACCAGUAUGCCUGUAAGAAAAAAUAAAAAGUCCAUCUAUUUCUCAGAGGAUAGCCACAAGGUUCACCACUGUACAGAUUUUCAAAUCUGAGCUAACUGUAAAUAUUUUCUUUUACACUAUAGGAAUGAGAAUCUCAUCAAUAAAUUUGUCCAAACAUAAGAAGUGAAAACAGUAUUCUGUGGUGUUACUGCACACCAUCUUCCCAGCCAUAUACACCUAUGUUCAUCCUAACAAACUAAAUAUUCACAAUAAAGUUUCUAUACUUUCUAAAUAUCCAGUUUGAACUAAUAUGGUUAAAGGUGACAAUCUAAUAGUGAUAAUUUAUGAUGGUUCGGUGCUGCCAGAUUAAGUUACUAAAAUAACUUUCCUCUGCCUGUACCCCACUCAAAAGUCUUAGUCUACACAGUGCCUUGAAGUUAAAUACAAAAUUAUGAGUGUUUGAGAAACAUGAGACUGAACUGUGUAUAUAAAAGUACCAACAUUAUUUCCAAUAUAAAUUAUAUAUUAGAAUCAAGUUGUCUCUGUAUACCAUUCCCAGAAUACAUACUUAUCCCAUUUAUAAGCAUUUGCUCCUUGUUUUUUUCCUACCUAGCAUGAGAUCAUAUAUGUUUUUUAAUUAUCCCCCCAUUCAUCAAGGUUGACCCCCAAGAUGAAAAUUUUUCAUUAAAGUAUCUGUGAUUUCUUACAGCCACAAUUAUUACUCUAACAAUGAUUAUUAACUCAGUCACUUAUUUUGGUGACUAAUGAUCAUAAUUAUACUGCUUUCUCAUUAUUUUUUGUGCAUGCCUCAUUUCCCUAUGAUUGAAAGCUUACUGACAGUGCUAAACACAGAUUUAUAAUUUCAGAGUGCCUAGCACAAAAGUGAGCACAUUUGAACUGAAAAUACAAUAAAUAUUGCAAAAUAAAAUCCAUCUAAAUA